UGCAACACAUAAAUAUGACCGACGUAUGAAAGGAAAGACUUGAUGCACGAAUUGCAAGCGUCUCUCUGCCGAAGUCGACAAGAAAGUUGCAGAAACUUAAAGCAAGCACGCAGGUAGGCAGGCAUGGCACCGGGGAAGAACUUUAGGAGGAGAAGAGCGGACUCGGAUGAGGAAGAUGACGAGCAAGUCACACAAGAAGUAAGGUCCAAACUCGAUGAAGCAAAAGAAGUUCAGAGUCUCAGGAAGAGACCAAAUGGCAUCAGUGUGGCAGCGCUGCUGGUGGGUGAGAAGCUCCCCUUGGAUGCCGAGAUUGAGAACGACCCCUUCAAGCUGAAGACGGGCGGAAUUGUGGACAUGAAGAUGGUGAAGGACCGGAAGAGAGGCCAAAACGAAGACGAGACGGACCUGAACCUCGGCACGUCAUUCUCGGCUGAGACAAACCGACGCGAUGAAGAUGCAGACAUGAUGAAGUACAUCGAGACCGAGCUGAAGAAGAAGAAAGGCCAGGUGGAGUUAGAAGAGCAGAAAAUCAAGGAGAAGAAGGCGGAGGACCUCCUCUACGAGCUCCCGGAGAACAUCAACGUCUCGUCUGCCAAGAAGACCGAGGAGAUGCUGUCCAAUCAGAUGCUGAGCGGCAUACCGGAGGUGGACCUUGGCAUAGACGCAAAGAUCAAGAACAUCAUUUCCACAGAAGAAGCGAAGGCCAAGCUACUCGCCGAGCAGAGGAACAAGAAGAAGGACAGCGGCACCUCGUUUGUGCCAACGAACAUCGCCGUGAACUACGUUCAGCACAACCGCUUUUACCACGAGGAGAUCAACGCGCCGGCCAAGAGAAACCGCGAGGAGCCCAAACCGCGCCCGCUCCGUGUAGGAGACACCGAGAAGCCCGAGCCUGAAAAAUCCCCGCCCAACCGCAAGAGACCAGCCAAUGAAAAGGCCACCGACGACUACCAUUACGAGAAGUUCAAGAAGAUGAACCGGCGCUACUGAGGGCUGCCCGCUGCCCGCCUCACCUUCUCUAGUGUUUCUUUCUGUACGUUUUGGGACCCCUUAGUCUCGCCGGACGCCUUCUAAACGCUGCUUGACACCAUAGUACCCCAAUAUGCUAAAAGUGACACGGCGGACCCCAAAGGUGGUGGACAUCGGGGUAGGAGACUUGGUGUCAUCAGGCCUCGCCAUUGUCUGAGGAGCAAAGGCUACUGAGGGCACAGCCAGGCUACUGAGGCCGCGCCAUCCUGGGCACAAGUUGGACCAGCCGUGUAUGUUGCCGGCGUCCGUUUCUUUUGUAUAAACGUGUCACUUGUCCCCAGU